CGCACAACUCUUCCGUUCAAUCGCUCAGUGUAACAACGACACUGGUCAGGUAUAGAACGAACUUUGAAACCGAGAACUAGUUACGCGACUUGUGACUGUGAACUUACGAACUCUGUGCUUUGUAGUGAUUGUGUUUUGUUUAACAUUUGUCGCGGAGGACAAGCCGCCGUGUUCCUCUCGUUUGAUCGUGACUACAAAAGCAAUCGUUAGAGGACUCUUCAUAAUCAUAUUAACAAAACACACUUUCAUCUAAUAAAUAAAAAAAUAUAUACAUAUAGAAUGCGCUUGACAAACAUGCACUCGAAUGGACAACAAACCACCUCAUGCUGACAAAUAUAACUCCUAAUCACGAAACGACAGCAAUGGAGCACCGUGUAAUUAUUGUCUUGGCUAUCGCCACCCUCCUAUGUAACUCAACAUCAGCUGAGGGACCGGUAUAUGAUGGCAGUCAGUCAAAACCAGCUAGCCCAUCAUCAGCGGCAGCUGGCAAUUUUCUCACGCAAACCGUAUACGGUUUUCUCGACUUUACCACUACAAUCGGCAACACCGUAAUGGUGUUUUCCCCGAACUCGGCACCGCCUCCAGAACCACCGAAAACGGAGAAACCUGUAAAAGAAAACAUUAUUGAAACUAAACCACCACCACCAUCAGUAACUAGUAUUAAACCUGAAGCCAUUAAACCGAGCAAAAUAGCCGAUAAAGACAAGACAAAGAAACCAGUUCCAUCCGCCGCUAUAUCCAGUGUCGUUUUGGUUGCAUCAUCCCCACCUAAAAACGAUGAUAAAAUUGCUAAUGUACCUAAAUCUACUGCAAAAGAACAAAAACAGAUAAUCACAAAAGUAGAAGUAGUAGCUGGACCAUCUAAAAUAAUAGAAAACCCUAAACAACCCCCAAGUAGUCCAAAGUCAUCAUCACAAAAACCAAGUAAACAGAGCUCUCAACCCAGUAGUAAAAAACAAAAUAAAAGUGAAACUAUUCAAUCUAUUACUAAUUUAGUUAGUAGCAAAGUCGAAGUUAAACAAGGCCCUCCCCCAUCAAUAAUAAAUUCUAAAGUAAGUAGUGUAGUCCAAAUUAAAUCUAGCCAAGCUGAAGAAGAACCUGCCAUUUUAAUUACAAAUAACAAUAUUGGUGAGCCAGAAUACGAUUUCUUAUCCCGACAACCUUCUGAAUUUGUGGAGGAGACAUACAAGGUUAUCAAUAUUCGACCAUCUAAAACACAUGGUCCAAAAUCCAAACCAGGUCUUAAAAAUAGAUUACAUCAACCAACACCUCCUCCAAAUGAUGAAGAACAGCCGCUAGGAUUAGUCACAACUUUAGGAGGUACUAUAGUAAAAGAUGGGCUUACAACUAUUCAUGAAACUAGCGUUAUAGGAACAUACAUAUCUGGUAAAUAUGCCCAAGUACUAAAUAGCAACUCAAAGAUUUUGCCAGCAUCUGGACAUAGAGCCAAAAUAUCACCUACUCCUACUCAUAGAAUUUUGAAAACUGCAGCGCCUGGUUUAUCUAAAAACCACAGAGUUAAUUUGGAACCAACACCUUUCAGUAGUGAUGAUGAUAGUAGCUUUACCAAAACUACACGUAAGCAAACAAAUAAUGGUAGUUCUUAUAAAAAUCGGCACAGAAUUCCUAAUAAUCAGGAUAAUGAUAGUCACGAUAAUUCUCCACCAACACAAAGUAAGAAAUUUAAAAACAGAAAUUCUUCAGUUUCUCAACGGACACAAAGUAAUCGUUUUGGCCGGCCAGCAAAAAGUCCUCAACUGGCUACCGUCUCUGUUUUCAGUGAAACAACAUCAGCAUCAUUUUCUAAUAAAAGAAAGAGUAACCGGCAUUCAGGACAUAAGACAGUAACUCCUUCAAGUAAUGAUAAUCAAUCAAGACGAGGCUUCAAACCACGUGUUCAAGCAACUCCUGUUGAUGUUUCUCCAGCUACUUCUACAAGUAUAUACAAAUUUAAACUAAAUCGUACACCAGGAUCAGGACGUUGGCAAUACAAAACAAGUCCAAAACCGAAAGUAACGAUUCGAAAAAUUAAUGAAGAUGAACAACAAACAACUCCAAUCCCUAACCCAUUGAUUGAUGACCCACAAUCGAACGAUAUUUCUCCUCAAGCGAGAUCAGAUAAUGAUCUGGAAUUAUCGGGAUCACAAAAUGGACCUGGCACACUUUUUGAAAAUGAUACCGAGGAUAAUUCAAUAGAAAAACUACCACCACUUGAAACACUUAAAGUUGAAAUAUCUACUCCCGCUGAUUUUCGAGAUGUUUAUUAUGAAAUAGCCACUAUCAAGUCUCCCUAUACUUUCCAGGUUGGACGUGUCAAAAACACCCGUAUUAUUACAGUUACCUCAACAAUAGAAAAGCGCAUCGAACCUACGGCUAUAAAUUCACAAAGUUCUCUCAACGAACCAUUGACAGAAAACAUAUUAGCAACUGCAUCUCCUUAUGGAAAAGAUCAUAAUUUAGAUUCAAGCAUUGCAACACUGCCCGCUAUUACUUUAACAUCAGAUAUGGAGACCCCACCUUUAGAAACGGUAACUGAAACAUUCAGUACGACACAAAAUAUGCUGAAGACCCACAUUUUACCUGUGGUCAGGGAUGUCAAUAUAACUAGUAGUCUUACAUUUAUACAAACAUAUCAUGUAACAAGAUUUGUAACCGCUACAAAAACCUUGCCCCCAAUGGACUUCUUCCAGUUUAUCCCAAGCAAAACGUUAAAAGAAUUUAAUAGCCGAUUAGACGAAGCUGGCUCGGAAUUACAUUUAGAACUGGACUUUGGCGAUAGUAACGAAGAAGAAGAUGGUGUGCCAAGACGUGUAUUUCCUCCUGACUUGGAUCUAGCAAAUGUCGGCUCCGAUUUUGAUCUUACUGAAGUAGAUAAAUACAGAUUGCCAGAUAAUCACUUAAGGUCAAAGAAAGCGCACGGACAAAACAAAUCUAAUCAAGUAACGGAACCACCUUCUCCAGCAACGCCAGCUUUGACACCAGAACAAGCCCAGCAGCUUGCUCUUCUCAGAUUAUUGAAUCCUGCCGCCGCUGCGCAAAUUCCUAACGUAGUAACAACAUCAAAACCAAUUUUAAAAUAUGAAACUGUUUAUGAGUCACAUGUUAUACCAAUAUUUGAUGGUAAAAAUACAAUUCACAGCACUAUUUCUAGACCGGUGGCUACAGUUACUAAAACAGACUAUGAAAUUGGAACGAGCAGUCUCCCAGCACUUCCCUUGCAGCCUAUUAAUCCGCUGUUCCCACAACAGCAAUUCACAGUAACUUCGACGCCCGUCGUUAUGAACACCGAAGUUACUGCUACGGAUAGUCAAGUUCUAAAACUGACUUUCGGUGCUAAGACAGUAUACACCACACUGUUUACAACCAAAGUUGUGCCGACCAUGUUAACUACGUACGUUACAUCUUCAAUACCAGUGGCGCCGAGUGCCGGAUUCCCAGGAUACUUCCCUGCUCCAUUCGCGCCAUUCCCGUAUGUAGGUUAAAUGAUAGUCUAAAAUAUGUAUGCGGACUGAUUUAAGUUGUAAAAUUAUGAACGCUGUAAAAGUGACAAUAAUAAUUCAAAAGUUUUACGCGAAAAACAACUUUUAACGUGAGUGCGUUAUUGUAGUGCACGUGAUAAACUAUAUAGCGAGUGGGUGAGCUGUAAACAGUGCAAAAGCAGCAGAAUGUUGGGAUUUAUAGUCUUUGUGGGAACAUGAAAACUCUAAACUGUAUUUCUUCUUCUAAAGUUUUGUGAGCUGAGCGCGGAGCGGCGUUGCGUGUUACUAAUACCUCAUGUGAGGCUUUGUAAUGCGAUGACUAAUGGAAAAGUUCAAUACUUAAUAAAUGUAUACACAUACUUGCUAUUCACUUCGUAACCAGUAAACGCUUUGUAAAUAAUGUUAUUUAUAAUAAGUAAUUCGUUGUACAUAUUAUAAUAUGUUAUAUACGUAAUAUGAUACAAAUUGUAGUUACAGCUUAGUAAAAAUGUAGAUAACUGUAAUUUUGUACUAUAAAUUUUGAUACGUUUUACACAAUGUAUUGUUUAAAUAAACGAGAUGUACAUUAUAAUAAGUAAU